CUUCUUCUGUGGCAAAAAGGGAGUUUCUGCAUGUGGCGGGAUUUCACCGUAAUUCAUUCAAAUUCAUUCAUUGAGAAAACUUGCAUUUGCACGGUUAAUCGUUACACCCCUAACACUAGUUAUUACUUACAUUUCUAAAUUUUUCUGCCAAAUCAAAAUUUGUUUAUAGAGAUUUAAGGUAAUAUUCAUUAUAUUCAUGUGCAGGUGUACGUAUAUGCUUCACAGUGGCUAUGAACAAGGCUUAUUCAAUCAGUUUAUUUAUUAUGGUAUAUUUACACUUGACACCAUGCCCAGAAUAUUCAUGUGAAUGUGAUUGGUGAUGAUGUCAGCUGUUUUUCUUUGGUAUGUAAUUUUGUUUUGUUUUGUUUUAUUUAAUUUUGUCUUGUUUAAUCGUCUUUCUAUAUAUAUUAACAGAGUUGACUGACACUCAAGCUGUUUAAAAUAGUGCCAAACACUGAAAAAACAUGUUUUUUAUAUUAUACACUGCAUGAUCUUCACUAUAAAAUCUUUCCAGUUGCAGAUUGUAAAAAAUGUAUAUGGUAAUAUCUAACAAUAUAAAUGUGAUUAACACAUAGAUAAACUGCACCGGUUCUGUGCAGUUCAGUCUGCACUGACAAACUUACUAUGUGUUAAAAUCAAACAAGGCAUGACUGAUAUGUUCUUGUUUGAAGUCCCAGUGUUAUUAACCGUGAAAGUAAUUAGAAGAGACUUUGUUCACCAGUCAGGAACUAGGGAGAGGUCACAUUAAUAUUUAAUAGUUUAACAUACCUGUCCUGAUUAUUGCUACAAACAUACAAUGCAUUCUUAUGUUAUACAAAAUACAUAUAUAUUUGUAAUUUUUUUCUUGAGUUUGAGAUUAAAUUAAAAGGACAUCCUCAAAUCUCUAUAAAGCAGGUUCUGAGAGCUUUACUUGAAUUUUACACACAUUCCCUAUAGCUAAGUACAUACACACACCUAUUGGUGUAGUUUUGUUUAGAUGAUGUUUGAAUCUUUUCACUUUUAAAAGUUUUUAUUUCAUUUACCCUAAUGAUAAACCAUGCAAAAAUCACAUGGAACAUGAAGUUUCCUAUCUAAUCAGACCAAGAUAAGAUGACGAAGGACUCCACUAUGGAAGUGCCCCACUUCAGCUUUCAAGUACCCCUCACCUCCCCCAACAGGACUUUGCUCACCAUAUGAAGACAUUCGAAUUCUAUCAGUGAAUGUGUGAAUGGAUCAAAUAAGCAUCAGAUGGGACACGAUACACAUUAACAGCCUGCAACACAACUGGAGGACAAAGUGAAUCAGUCCACUGUGUCUAGCACUUGUAGCAAACCUUCGAAGCUCUCAUACUGAAUUCACUUAAGAAGCCAGACAGACAUCACAUGGAUUGAAUUUUUAUUACGAGGCAAGAUCACUCAAGAACACCGUAUUUUUGGAAUAAGCGUAAAAGUGGAAGAGAUUUGGAUGGUAAAGGUGAUUCAAAAUGGACGAAGAGAUGAAGGAAACCGAGCCCAGGAAAAGAGUGAAGUAUCAUGUCCAGAGAGAUGUUUUGGAUGAACUCGGGGUUGACGAAGUGGCAGAGAAGUCCAAUUUCAAUGUUUCAAUGAAAGAAAAGUUAAAAGAUGCUGUCAGGUGUACAGGUCCAAAGUUUAAGAGUUGUUUCUUCUCUUUUGUUCCUCUCCUGUCAUGGCUGCCACGAUACCCAUUCAAAGAAAACGCUGUUGGAGAUUUGAUAUCCGGAGUCAGUGUUGGAAUCAUGCACCUGCCACAAGGUAUGGCAUAUGCUUUACUGGCUGCAGUUCCUCCAGUGUAUGGUCUUUAUUCUUCCUUCUAUCCCAUUCUUGUCUACUUCAUAUUUGGAACAUCCAAACACAUCUCCGUGGGUACAUAUGCAGUAAUGAGUGUUAUGAUUGGCAGCGUGACAGAGCGUUUGGCUCCAGAUUCAGACUUCAUGGUGCAGAUAAACAACACCAACAGCACUAGUUUAGAUACUAACAGCCGUGAUUUGGAGAGGGUGAAGAUCGCGGCCACAGUAACUUUCUUAUCCGGCAUUUUUCAGUUGCUCCUGGGUUUGGUUCGGUUUGGUUUCGUGGUGACGUACCUGUCAGAACCAUUGGUGAGAGCUUAUACGACAGCGGCCGCCAUCCAUGUUAUCGUCUCCCAGCUCAAAUAUACCUUUGGCAUCAAUACAAGUCGAUACAGUGGACCGUUGUCACUUAUAUAUACAAUCAUAGACAUUUGUUCAUUGCUUGGAGAAACUAACAUUGGUACUCUGGUAGUUAGCAUUGUAACCAUCUUUGGUUUGAUCAUCGCAAAAGAACUCAGCGCCUUGGCAGCCCGGAAAAUCCCUAUUCCUAUUCCUGUUGAACUCAUCACUAUCAUUAUAGCGACUGUGGUGUCAUGGCAAUUUAAUCUAAAUGCCAAAUACAAAGUGGAAGUCGUUGGCGAAAUCCCAUCAGGGCUGCAGGCUCCUGUGCCGCCGGCAUUUAACCUGAUGGGUUCAAUGGUUGGUGAUGCUUUUGCUCUGGCUGUUGUUGGAUACGGCAUUGCUAUUUCACUCGGUAGAAUUUUCGCUCUAAAAUAUGCCUACAAAGUCGACAGCAACCAGGAGCUUAUAGCGCUGGGUCUGUCUAAUGCCAUCGGUGGGUUGUUUCGGUGUUUUGCAAUCAGCUGCUCGAUGUCUCGAAGUAUGGUGCAAGUGAGCACAGGUGGAAAGUCCCAGGUUGCUGGAGCUGUCUCUGCUGUAGUAAUUCUGAUAAUCUUGUUGAAGAUCGGAGAACUUUUUGAAGAGCUUCCAAAGGCGGUGCUGGCUGCUAUCAUCUAUGUAAACCUACAUGGCAUGAUGAAGCAGUUUGGAGACAUCUGUGCUCUCUGGAAGACCAACAGAGUAGAUAUGGUGGUGUGGGUGAUGACUCUUAUUUUGACAAUAUUAUUUAAUCCGGAUCUGGGACUGGCCGCAUCCAUCGCCUUCUCUAUUCUCACUGUUGUAUUCAGAACUCAGCUACCAAAAUACUCUCUCCUCGGUCAGCUUCCUGGCACUGACAUCUACAAACCAGUCGAGGACUACAAUCAGGUUCUGCAGAUUCCUGGCCUAGCGAUUUUCCGCUCAUCUGCAACAUUGUAUUUUGCCAAUGCUGAAAUGUACAUCGAUGCGCUCUACGAGAAGACUGGGGUAGAUUUGGCUAAACUCCUCUCACAUAAGAAGAAGUUGGAAGCCAAGAGACUUCGUAAGGAAAAGAAAGCAGCAAAGAAAGCAAAGAAGGAGGCCAAGAAGAGAGCUAAACAAGCUGCCAGUCAAGCCGAUAAGCAUCAGGAGGUGGAUUCAGAGUUGUCAGACGUAGAGGACAAUGGGGAUGAGCUUGAUUUUUCAGACCAAGAGGCAAAUGGAAACAUGCAUGAGCUGUCAGUUAAAGGACAGAAGGAUGUGGUCACUGUGGAGGCAGGCCACAACCCUGACUCCAACCUCCCAAAAGCAAUCAUUCUGGAUCUGAGCCCCGUCAAUUUCCUGGAUACAGUGGCUGUGAAGACUUUACGUAAUAUCUACAAAGAUUAUGGAGAGGCUGGUGUAAAGGUGUACUUGUGCGGCUGUCAAAGUGGUGUGGUAGAGAGUAUGGAGAAGGGCGAUUUCUUCAAUGAAAAAGUAACCAAAUCCAUUAUCUUCUCAUCAGUACACGAUGCUGUUCUUUACAGCCAGCAAGGAAGUGAUGAGGAGGACAUGCCGAAAACAUAUUUUUAAACCCAGACAGGAUAUGACACAGAAAACGGAAAAUUGACAAUAAUUCAAGAGACAGACUACUACACACUGGAAAGUUCAGUUAAAAGCUGGGUGGGUUGUUAUUUAUAAUGCAAACAGUACAGCAUUUUAAGUUCAUUGUGAGAUAGAAAAGGGUAUUUUUAAGAAUAAUCUGUUUUGGAAAAAAGUUUUGCAAGAAAUAUAUAAAAAUAGUUGUCUUAUGCAUGCAUAAUGUAAAUCAACUGUUAUAAAUUAUAUAAAGACAUCUUAUUCCAGAUCAUGGCAAUGUCUUGUAAACCUUCUAAGUGUUAUGUGAAUGUGUAGUUGUUGAGAUGUAAUGUUGAACACACAAAUAUUGAACUUCUCUCACAAUGUAAUCACACUACUGGAAAGUUGUAUACAAAAACGUGUGACAAUAGCUGAUAUAAAAUUACAUUUAUGUGAGUAUAAGUUAUGUGUGCUGUUUGUGCAGCUUUGUUUGCAUGUGUAUUAAGAAUAAAGUUAACUUAAAUAAACAGUCAUUUUCUUAUA